GGCUGCAUGUUCAAUGGUGCUUGACCUUGUCAUGCUCCGUGGAUCAUAGUCGCGUCGCAAGGGCUGUGGCGGCCUGACCAGCCGUUCUAUCUCGUCGGGUUUGGCAACGGCGCCCCCAUUUGCUUUCACUACGCCGCGCACGCCCCGAGCCCUGUCCUCCGCGCCGUCGUGUCCAUCAACGGGUUCGCCCAUGUCGAUGCGACCCUCGCCAGCUUCCUCCACGAUGCGAUGAAGGUGUUUAGCUGCUCCCCCGCGUCCCGCCCCGACCUCCCCGUCUACUUUCACGCGCGGUUUCUGUUUUCCGGCGCGUACUUGGCAACUGUCUCGACGCCGCUCGCGCUCAAUUUGUACACGGCCGUGAGCAACUCCAUCACGUUGGACGGCCGCGUCGCGCUCUGUCUCGGCGCGCUGAGCCACCUUGACGUCCGCCACGACUUAGGCGAGAUGAACGUCCCGUUUAUCGCGAUCGCGGCGGCGCAAGACGGUCUUGUCCAGCCGCUGCACGUGGAUGCAAUGGUAGCGGCGCGCGGCGGCGGCACCGUCGACAGCAUUCACAAAGUGCUCAAGCACCAUCGCAAGUCCAAAACGUGUGUUGUGUGGGUGCAAGCCGGCCACGAAGUAUUUCAGGAAGUCAAGCCGACGAUGGCGACGUUGCUCGAGCAAUUUCUCACGGGGUUUCAUGAAUCACACGACUCGGAGACGACGACGGCACAUCCUCGCUCGGACAAGACGUCCCUCGUGGCCGCCGCCGCAGCCCGGACGAGCUACGAAGACCGCUUCAUCAACAAGGUCAUGAUGACGCUGACUGAUGUGAAAGAUCGACCAGAUAAAUUCCACCAGCAACACCUCGCACUCGAACGCCCCCCGGACGAGAUCAGCGCCGGCAAUGCGUGGAGGCAGUACCAGCAGAAACGCGUGGCGUCGAAAGCAGCGCCGACGUCGUCGCAACCCAAGAAGAAGGACACGUCCCACGGACCGCAACAGCCGCACGCUCCUGUGCUCGAUCCAAGGAACCCAUCGUUUGAGCGCGACACGAAUGAAGUGUACCGGGCUGGGGAUGGUAGCAAGAUUUACCCGGACCCGACGACCCGUCGCGACGUGAAAGAGUACAUGCAGUGGCGAGUCCAACGCAAUGCGACGCGACUCCAACGGAUGCACAAACUCGCGUCGACGAUUCAAAAAGCGUAUCGGGCGUACCGAGCUCGGACGUUGGCGGAUCGGUUGCGCCGGCACAAGUCGGCGCUCGUGAUCCAACGAGUCUACCGCGGGUUUCGCGGCCGGCGGAUCUUUCAGCGGCGGCGCAGGGAAGACGCAGCGAUUCGACUCGUUCAACGGACGUGGCGCGGCAAGAUGGGACGCAUGCAGUUCAAAUCGACGAAAAGCAAACGUCUGGCCGCGAUCGAGUUGCAGCGCGUUGUGCGGGGCUGGCUCGCACGGCUUCGCGUCCAUCGCCUACGGACGCUGCGACACAAGUCUGCGUGCAUCAUUCAAGCACUCUUCAAGCGCGUCCAUGCGAUUCAGGAAGCGUGGCGGCGUCGGCGGCAACACCAAGCCGCGGUUCUAAUUCAGCGUGUCUAUCGUGGUCACGUUGGCCGUGUCCGGUUCCGCGCCGAGCGGGACCGGUAUCUGUUUUCGAAAGCGCAGACGCAAAACAUUGACUUUGGCAAGCAAAUGCUGCUCGAGUACAAGCUGUACGGGACGCGGCUCCAGAGCGAAGUCGCGCUGCUCGUGGACGAGAAAGCCAAGGCGGAAUCAAACGUUGAAGCGCUGCUCACCGAGAUUGCCGAGUUCGAAGCCGGCGUCCGCGUGCUCGAGACCGAGAUGCACUCGUUGAGCCAAAUCGAAACCGAGGCGACGGGGGUGCUGGACGAACAGGCCAAGUGGCAACUCCGCGACCAAAAGAUGCGUCUCGACCAAGAGUUUGGCAUGAUGCUCAAGAAGAUCGCCGACCGACGCGAAAAACUCGUGGUGCUGGGAACGACAUUGCAAGCACUUGACAAGUCACGGCACGCAAAGGAAGAAGAUUUGCGGGGCCUCGAGCGCAAGCUCGUAUUGCUGCUGGAUGAACAGCAGCGACACUUGCAAGGAAUCAAAGCCAAGCAAGAAAAGCGGUCGCAGGUACUCGUGGAUGUCGCCGGGGGCGUGAUACCUCCAGGGCCUCUCGGGACAACCGUCAGUGAUGUCGGAGGGGCCGCGGUCUCUUGCGGCACGACCGUGAGCCCAGAGCAGCGACAGGAGGCGAAUUCACUCAUGGAGUCGACCGAGACCAUGAUGAAGUUUGGCUUUAUGAGCAUGAGCAUGACAUACUUCAGCAGCAUGAACAUGAUCAAGGCGAUGCGGCACAUCGGGGCGCACCACACGUUCCUCGAGAGCGCCAACGCCAUUCACAACCACGCGACGGGGGCGACCGCGGCAGGGGGCGGUCGCUUUGGGACGACGACGGGGACCUUCCACGCCGACCCUGCACCGGGCAACUUUCCUGGCCAAGAACCGUUGCUGGCGAGUGCAUGGAGCGUCCGCGACGUAGGCCGAUGGCUAGAUACGCUCAGUUUGGGGCAGUACAAGCAAGCUUUUUCAGACGGCACCGUCGAUGGGUCCCUGCUUUACGAUCUCAAUGACCACGACCUGCGGUAUUCCCUCGGGAUCGAGUUCGACCUCCAUCGAAAGAAGAUUUUGCAAGCUGUCGAGCGCCUCAAGCGCGCCGAAGGCGUAGUGGUCGACAAGCUGUACUCGAGCCCGGUCGCCGCGACAGCGCCGAUGCAAGCCCAGCAAACCGCAACGUCUCCAGCAAUGACGCUGCCGUCCGCAGGCACCGUCAUGAAUGGUCCGGCACCCCAAGCAGGAGGAGGCGCAGUGCCCCAGCCGUCGACCACGGAGGUGUCGCCGUCCCUCGUCAUUCGCUUUGAUGAAAUCUGUUCGCUCGUGCGCAAUGGAAAGCUCAAGCAAGUCAAGGAAGCGUUCGAAAAGUGGCCCGACAAAGCUUUCGACCCGGUCAGCGUCAAGGUUCAAAACGCGGCCGGCGUCGGCACCGUCUACGAAGAUGGCGUUGAGCACCAGGCUUUCCACAUGAACAAAACGGACGACCAUGGCAACUCGCUGCUGCUUCUGGCGGCCCAGAACAACCUGGUCAAGGUAUGCCAGUUCCUCGUCAGCAAGGGAGCGAAUCCGAACCACCAAAACAAGCAAGGCCAGACUGCGGGUCAUUACGCGAUGGCGUAUAGCUUCUUCGACCUCGGCGCGUGGCUGCUCGACCCGGACAAGGGCGGCGGCCGCGACGAUCUCGUCAACAUGCACGGCCUCACGGCUUACGACGGGCUGAGUCCGUCAUGAUGAGGACGCGUGGCCGAGACACACGCGUGGAUGUAACCAAGCGAAUGGAACGUGCUGAGUCUGCUCGAGUGGCGUA